CUUCUUGAUUUAGAGCAGAUUUUAUACUAUCAAUCAUGGGGAAAGAAACACAACUGUUAGAGGCAGCUUCAGCUGGAAACAAUAGUAAAGUGGAGCAACUGCUCAAGGGACAGUCCAAGCUCCAGAAACUACUCUCCUCUGACAAGUUGAGUGAUGGUCUCUCUGACUCCCCCCCUCCUCUGGUGAUCCAGAACAAGAAGCAGUCCUCUAGCAUCAAUGUGGACUAUUGUGAUGACACUGGCUCCACUGCACUCAUGCUAGCUGUACUGCAUGGACACAAGGACGUGGUAUACACUCUCCUGCAGUAUUCUGCAGAGCUGUUCACCAUGGACAAUCAAGGGAACACUGCCCUCCACUUUGCUGCCUGGCACAAUCGCUCAGACAUUGUUGACCUACUACUGGCUAACGGAGCUCUGGCAGAAAUAGCCAAUCGUGAAUGGAACACUCCCCUGCACUAUGCCUGUCAGUACUGCCCUCCUGGUAAGACCUUCACCAUCAACAAGCUUCUGCAACAUAACUGCAACGUGCUCGUCACUAACAUGGCCGGAGAUUCGCCCUUUGACCUUGCCGUUAGAUUCAACAAGAUAGGUGAGUUGUCAGUAUGAUCGAAAGAUUGUUAUUGUUUUAGCCUUCAGCAUUCAGGUGUUGUUUCUUUUGUUGAGGGGCUUACUGAUAUUCCUAACAUAAUUAUUAUACUGAUUCUUUCACAUA